AUGGGGGCUUGGUGGCUGGCCAGGCUCCUGCUGGGCUGCGCGGCCGUGCUGGCCGUGGCACCGGCGCGGGGACAGUACGAGGGCGACCUGCAGACGGACAGAUUCGCAGCCUACGAGGAGAGACCCCCAAACAGAGUGAGGAGAAGGGGCCAGGACUCGCUGCGAGGGUGCUGCCUGUGCCAGAAGGGAUUCACUGGCACCUACUGCAGGCAGCCCGUGUGUGAGAACGGCUGCCAGAACGGGGGCAGGUGCAUCGGACCCAACCGCUGCGCCUGCGUCUACGGCUUCACCGGGCCCCAGUGCGAGAGAGAUUACCGCACCGGGCCCUGCUUCAGCCAGGUGAACAACCAGAUGUGCCAGGGCCAGCUGAGCGGCAUCGUGUGCACCAAGACCAUGUGCUGUGCCACCAUCGGCCGCGCCUGGGGACACCCCUGCGAGAUGUGCCCGGCACAGCCGCACCCCUGCCGGCGCGGCUUCAUCCCCAACAUCCGCACCGGAGCCUGCCAGGAUGUGGAUGAGUGCCAGGCCAUCCCCGGCCUCUGCCAAGGUGGGAAUUGCAUCAACACCGUGGGAUCCUACGAGUGCAAGUGCCCUGCGGGGCACAAGCAGAGCGAGACCAGCCACCGCUGUGAAGACGUGGAUGAGUGCGGAGCCGUGCCCGGGGUGUGCGACGGCGGCGACUGCACCAACACCGUGGGCAGCUACGUGUGCUCCUGCCCCCGCGGCUUCGCCAGCAGCCCCGACGGGUCCCGCUGCCUGGACCAGCGCCUGGGCACGUGUUUCUCGGCGCUGCUGGGUGGCCGCUGUGCCGGGGACAUCCCGGGCCAGGCCAGCAGGAUGCAGUGCUGCUGCGACUCGGGCCGCUGCUGGGCCCUGGGCCAGACCCCCGAGAUGUGCCCGGUGCGGGGCUCGGACGAGUACCGCAGGCUGUGCAUCGAGGGACUGCCGGUCGUGCCAGGCUUCCCCGGGAACUUCCCAGGAAUCCCAGGAUUCGGACCCAACGGAGUCGGGCCGGGACUCAACGGGCCCGGGGGCAUCGGCCCCAACGGGGCCAACGGGCAGGGAGGGAUCCCGGGGCUGCCCGGGAUGGGCCCGGGGAGCUCCAGCAUCGGAACGGCCACGCUGAACCAGACCAUCGACAUCUGCAAGCACUUCACCAACCUGUGCCUGAACGGGCGCUGCAUCCCCACGCCGUCCAGCUACCGCUGCGAGUGCAACAUGGGCUACAAGCAGGACGUGCGAGGGGAGUGCAUCGAUGUGGACGAGUGCUCGAGCAGCCCCUGCGUCCACGGCGACUGCGUCAACACCCCGGGCUCCUACCACUGCAAGUGCCACGAGGGCUUCCAGAGCACCCCCACCAAGCAGGCCUGCAUCGACAUCGACGAGUGCAUCAUGAACGGGGUGAUGUGCAGGAACGGGCGCUGCGUCAACACCGACGGCAGCUUCCAGUGCAUCUGCAACGCCGGCUUCGAGAUCACCCCCGACGGCAAGAACUGCGUGGACCACGACGAGUGUGCCACCACCAACAUGUGCCUCAACGGGAUGUGCAUCAACGAGGACGGCAGCUUCAAGUGCAUCUGCAAACCCGGCUUCGUGCUGGCCCCCAACGGGCGCUACUGCGUGGACAUCGACGAGUGCGAGACGCCGGGGAUCUGCAUGAAUGGCUGGUGCAUCAACACGGAGGGCUCGUUCCGCUGCGAGUGCCUGGGGGGCCUGGCCAUCGGCGUGGACGGCCGCGUCUGCGUGGACACCCACAUGCGCAGCACCUGCUACGGGGGCAUCAAAAAGGGCACCUGCGCCCGCCCCUUCCCCGGCGCCGUCACCAAAUCCGAGUGCUGCUGCGCCAACCCCGACCACGGCUUCGGGGAGCCCUGCCAGCCCUGCCCGGCCAAAAACUCGGCGGAAUUCCAGGCUCUCUGCAGCAGCGGCAUCGGGAUCACGGCUGAUGGCAGAGACAUCAACGAGUGCGCCCUGAACCCCGACAUCUGCCCCAACGGGAUGUGCGAGAACCUGCGGGGCAGCUACCGCUGCAUCUGCAACCUGGGCUACGAGUCCGACCCCACGGGCAAGAACUGCGUGGACGUGGACGAGUGCAGCGUCAACCGGCUGCUGUGCGACAACGGCCUGUGCAGGAACACCCCCGGCAGCUACACCUGCACCUGCCCCAAGGGCUUCGUGUUCCGCACCGAGACCGACACCUGCGAAGACAUCAACGAGUGCACGUCCAACCCGUGCGUGAACGGGCUGUGCCGGAACAACGCCGGCUCCUUCGCCUGCGAGUGCUCCCCGGGCAGCAAGCUGGACCCCAGCGGCACCAUCUGCGUGGACAGCAUGAAGGGCACCUGCUGGCUCAACAUCCAGGACGGGCGCUGCGAGGUCAACAUCAACGGCGCCACGCUGAAAUCCGAGUGCUGCGCCACGCUGGGGGCGGCCUGGGGCAGCCCCUGCGAGCGCUGCGAGAUCGACACGGCCUGUCCCCGGGGGUACGCCCGCAUGAAGGGGGUCACCUGUGAAGAUGUGAACGAGUGCGAGGUGUUCCCGGGCGUGUGCCCCAACGGCCGCUGCGUCAACUCCGCCGGCUCCUUCCGCUGCGAGUGUCCCGAGGGGCUGACCCUGGACGGCACCGCCAGGACCUGCGUGGACGUGCGGGUGGAGCAGUGCUACAUGCGCUGGGACGAGGACGAGUGCACGGAGCCGCUGCCCGGAAAGUUCCGCAUGGACAUGUGCUGCUGCUCCGUGGGCUCGGCCUGGGGCUCGGACUGCGAGGAGUGUCCCCGCGCCGGCUCGGCCGAGUACAAGGCGCUGUGCCCCCGCGGGCCCGGCUUCGCCAACCGCGGCGACGUGCUCUCGGGGCGGCCCUUCUACAAAGACGUGAACGAGUGCAAGGUGUUCUCGGGGCUGUGCACCCACGGCACCUGCAGGAACACCAUCGGCAGCUUCAGGUGCAUCUGCGGCAACGGCUUCGCUCUGGACGCUGAGGAGAGGAACUGCACAGACAUCGACGAGUGCCGCAUCUCCCCCGACCUGUGCGGCCACGGCUCCUGCGUGAACACCCCGGGCAGCUUCGAGUGCGAGUGCUUCGAGGGCUACGAGAGCGGCUUCAUGAUGAUGAAGAACUGCAUGGACAUCAACGAGUGCGAGCGGGACCCGCUGCUGUGCCGGGGCGGGAUCUGCAUGAACACGGACGGCAGCUUCGAGUGCAUCUGCCCCCCUGGGCACGAGCUGACAGCCGAGGGCAACACCUGCAUUGACAUCAACGAGUGCUCCCUCAGCGACAACCUCUGCCGCAACGGGCGCUGCGUCAACGUCAUCGGCACCUACCAGUGCUCCUGCGACUCGGGCUUCCAGGCCACGCCGGACAGGCAGGGCUGUGUGGACAUCGACGAGUGCACCAUCACCAACGGGGGCUGUGACACCCACUGCUCCAACUCCGAGGGCAGCUACGAGUGCAGCUGCAGCGAGGGCUACGCCCUGAUGCCCGACAAGAGGUCCUGUGCAGAUAUCGAUGAGUGUGAGGACAACCCCGACAUCUGUGACGGGGGGCAGUGCACCAACAUCCCCGGGGAGUACCGCUGCCUCUGCUUCGACGGCUUCAUGGCAUCCCUGGACAUGAAGACCUGCAUCGACGUGAACGAGUGCGACCUCAACCCCAACAUCUGCCUGCACGGCGAGUGCGAGAACACCAAGGGCUCCUUCAUCUGCCACUGCCAGCUGGGCUACUUCGUCAAGAAGGGAACCACGGGGUGCACAGACAUCGACGAGUGCGAGAUCGGGGCCCACAACUGCGACAUGCACGCGUCCUGCAUCAACGUCCCCGGCAGCUUCAAGUGCAAGUGUCGCUCGGGCUGGCUCGGGGACGGGCUCAAGUGCAACGACCUGGACGAGUGUGCGACCGAGGAGCACAAGUGCAACCUGAACGCCAACUGUGUGAACACGCCCGGCUCGUACCGCUGCGCCUGCCGCGACGGCUUCAACGGCGACGGCUUCUCCUGCUCAGACGUGGACGAGUGCGCGGACAACGUGAACCUGUGUGAGAACGGGCAGUGCCUCAACGCCCCCGGCGGGUACCGCUGCGAGUGCGAGAUGGGCUUCAACCCCACCGAGGACAGCAGGGCCUGCCAGGACAUUGAUGAAUGCACCUUCCAGAACAUCUGCGUGUUUGGCACCUGCCAGAACCUGCCCGGGAUGUUCCGCUGCGCCUGCGACGACGGAUACGAGCUGGACAGGAGCGGGGGCAACUGCACAGACAUCAACGAGUGCGCAGACCCCGUGAACUGCAUCAACGGGCUCUGCGUCAACACCCCCGGCAGCUACCUGUGCAACUGCCCCCAGGACUUCGAGCUGAACCCCACCGGCGUGGGCUGCGUGGAUACCCGGGUUGGGAAUUGCUUCCUGGACACGCAGGACCGAGGGGACGGCGGCAUCUCCUGCAGCGCCGAGAUCGGCGUGGGGGUCACCAGGGCCUCCUGCUGCUGCUCCCUGGGCCGUGCCUGGGGCAAUCCCUGCGAGCUCUGCCCUCCUGCCAACACCACCGAGUACAAGACCUUGUGCCCUGGGGGAGAAGGGUUCCGCCCCAACCCCAUCACCGUCAUCCUGGAGGACAUCGACGAGUGCCAGGAGCUGCCGGGGCUGUGCCAGGGCGGGAACUGCGUCAACACCUUCGGCAGCUUCCAGUGCGAGUGUCCCCUGGGCUACUACCUCAACGAGGACACCCGGAUCUGCGAAGAUAUCGACGAGUGCUCUGCCCACAUCGGGAUCUGCGGCCCCGGCACCUGCUACAACACCCUGGGCAACUACACCUGCGUGUGCCCGCCCGAGUACAUGCAGGUCAACGGCGGGAACAACUGCAUGGACAUGAGGAAGAGCGUUUGCUACCGCAACUACAACGACACCUGCGAGAACGAGCUGUCCUUCAACAUGACCAAGAAGAUGUGCUGCUGCUCCUACAACAUCGGCAAGGCCUGGAACAAACCCUGCGAGCCCUGUCCCACCCCUGCCAGCCCCGAGUACCAGAUCCUGUGCGGGAACCAAGCCCCCGGAUUUAUCAUCGACAUCCACACGGGGAAGCCCAUUGAUAUCGACGAGUGCAGCGAGAUCCCGGCCAUCUGCACCAACGGCGUCUGCAUCAACCAGAUCGGGAGCUUCCGCUGCGAGUGCCCCAUCGGCUUCAGCUACAACAACAUCCUGCUCAUCUGCGAGGACAUCGACGAGUGCAGCAGCGGGGAGACGCUGUGCCAGCGGCACGCCGAGUGCGUCAACAUCCCGGGCAGCUUCCGCUGCGAAUGCGCCACCGGAUACCGCCUGUCCCCGGGGGGAGCCUGCGUGGGUCGCAACGAGUGCCAGGAGAUCCCCAACGUGUGCAGCCACGGCGACUGCGUGGACACCGAGGGCAGCUACGUCUGCGUCUGCCACAACGGCUUCAAGGCCACCGGGGAGCAGACCAUGUGCAUGGACAUCGACGAGUGCGACCGGCAGCCCUGCGGCAACGGCACCUGCAAGAACACCGUGGGCUCCUACAACUGCCUCUGCUUCCCGGGCUUCGAGCUCACCCACAACAACGACUGCAUGGACGUGGACGAGUGCUCGUCGCUGGUGGGGCAGGUGUGCAGGAACGGGCAGUGCAUCAACAGCGUGGGCUCCUUCCAGUGCCUGUGCCAGGAGGGCUACGACCGCACCCCCGACGGCAAGAACUGCGUGGACAUCAACGAGUGCGUGAGCCUGCCCGGGACCUGCUCGCCGGGCACCUGCCAGAACCUGGAGGGCUCCUUCCGCUGCAUCUGCCCCCCGGGCUACGAGGUGCAGAACGACAACUGCAUCGACAUCAACGAGUGCGAAGAGGAGCCCAACAUCUGCCUCUUCGGGACGUGCACCAACACCCCCGGCAGCUUCCAGUGCGUGUGUCCCCCGGGCUUCGUGCUGUCCGACAACGGCCGCCGCUGCUUCGACACUCGCCAGAGCUUCUGCUUCACUCGCUUCGACAACGGGAAGUGCUCGGUGCCCAAGGCCUUCAACACCACCAAGGCUCGGUGCUGCUGCAGCAAAAUGCCCGGGGAGGGCUGGGGAGACCCGUGCGAGCUGUGCCCGCAGGAGGGGAACGUUGCCUUCCAGGAGCUGUGUCCGUACGGCCACGGAGCCAUCCCGGGCCCGGGGGACACCCGGGAAGACGUGAACGAGUGCUCGGAGAACCUGGGCGUGUGCAUCAACGGCGCCUGCAUCAACACCGACGGCUCCUUCCGCUGCGAGUGCCCCUUCGGCUACAACCUGGACUACACCGGGGUCAACUGCGUGGACACGGACGAGUGCUCCAUCGGCAAUCCCUGCGGGAAUGGCACCUGCACCAACGUGGUGGGAGGCUUCGAGUGCGCCUGCGACGAGGGCUUUGAGCCGGGGCCCAUGAUGACCUGUGAAGACAUCAACGAGUGCUCCCUGAACCCCCUGCUCUGCGCCUUCCGCUGCAUCAACACCUUCGGCUCCUACGAGUGCACCUGCCCCUCUGGGUACGCCCUGCGGGAGGACAGGAGGAUGUGCAGAGAUCUGGACGAGUGCGCCGAGGGGCUGCACGACUGCGAGUCCCGGGGGAUGCUCUGCAAGAACCUCAUCGGCACCUUCAUGUGCAUCUGCCCGCCCGGCAUGCAGCGCCGGCCCGACGGCGAGGGCUGCACAGAUGAGAACGAGUGCCGCACCAAGCCCGGGAUCUGCCCCAACGGGCGCUGCGUCAACACGGCCGGCAGCUACCGCUGCGACUGCAACGAAGGCUUCGAAGUCAGCCCCUCGGGCACGGAGUGCAUCGACACCCGCCAGGGCUUCUGCUUCACGGAGGUGCUGCAGACCAUGUGCCAGAUGUCCUCCACCAACCGCAACCUGGUCACCAAGUCCGAGUGCUGCUGCAACAGCGGGCGCAGCUGGGGCCCGCAGUGCGAGCUCUGCCCCCUGCCCGGCACUGCCCACUACAAGAAGAUGUGUCCCCACGGCCCCGGGUACUCCACGGACGGCAGAGACAUCGACGAGUGCAAGGUGCUGCCCAACCUGUGCAGGAACGGGCAGUGCAUCAACAGCAUCGGCUCCUUCCGCUGCCACUGCCGCCUGGGCUACACCCCGGACAUCACGGGCACCGCCUGCCAGGAUCUGGACGAGUGUAACCAGUCCCCGAAGCCCUGCAACUUCAUCUGCAAGAACACCGAGGGCAGCUACCAGUGCUCCUGCCCCCGGGGCUACGUCCUGCAGGAGGACGGCAAGAUCUGCAAAGACCUGGACGAGUGCUCCACCAAGCAGCACAACUGCCAGUUCCUCUGCGUCAACGUCAUCGGCGGCUUCAACUGCAAGUGCCCCCCUGGCUUCACCCAGCACCACUCCUCCUGCAUCGACAACAACGAGUGCACGGCUCAGCCCUCGCUGUGUGGGGCCAAGGGGCAGUGCCUCAACACCCCCGGCAGCUACAACUGCGAGUGCCAGAAGGGAUUUUCCCUGGACAGCUCCGGGGUCAACUGCGAAGACGUGGACGAGUGUGACGGGAACCACCGGUGCCAGCACGGCUGCCAGAACGUGCUCGGGGGCUACCGCUGCGGCUGCCCCCAGGGCUACGUGCAGCACUACCAGUGGAACCAGUGCGUGGACGAGAACGAGUGCUCCAGCCCCUCUGCCUGCGGCUCUGCCUCCUGCUACAACACCCUGGGCAGCUUCAAGUGCGUUUGUCCCUCGGGCUUCGACUUCGACCAGGCCUUCGGGGGCUGCCAGGACGUGGACGAGUGCUCGGCCGGGGGCAGCCCCUGCAGCUACGGCUGCUCCAACACGGACGGGGGCUACCUGUGCGGCUGCCCCGGCGGCUACUUCCGAGCAGGACAGGGCCACUGCAUUUCCGGCUUGGGAUUCGGGAAGGGUCCCUACGUGCCCGCGCCCCAGGAGGAGGAUGAGGACAACCUGCUGUCCCCCGAGACCUGCUACGAGUGCAAGAUCAACGGGUACCCCAAGAGGGGCCGGCAGCGGCGCAGCGUCAACGGCACGGAGAGGCACCAGGACCAGGCGGUGAACUUGGCCAGCAUGGACGUGGACGCGCCGCUGUCCAUGGCGCUGAACCUGUCGGAGCUGGCGCACAAGGAGCACAUCCUGGAGCUGCUGCCGGCCGUGGAGCCGCUGGAGAACCGCGUGCGCUACGCCAUCUCCCAGGGCAACGAGGACGGGCUCUUCCGCAUCCACCACAAGGAAGGGCUCAGCUUCCUGCACCUGGGCCGCAAGAAAAUCCCGCCGGGCACGUACCUGCUGGAGAUCGUCAGCGUGGCGCUGCCCCGCCGGCGGGAACUGCACAAACUCGAGGCCGACAACCACCUCGAGUACUUGGCGGGGGAGCUGGGCCAGGCGCUGAGGAUGAAGCUGCAGCUCCAGCUCUACUAAAGCCACCAGAGAUCCCCCCCCCCGAGUCCCACCCGACAGCGCGGCCCUGCCCCUCGCCACCCACCCCGGGAACAACGGGCUCCUCUCCUGCCACCGCCGGGACAGCCACGGGAAAUGUGUCCUGAUGGCAGCAGCACCUGCUGGGACAUCCAUGGGAAAUGUCCUGAUGGGAUCAGCCACGGGAAAUGUGUCCUGAUGGGAGCAGCCACGGGAAAUGUGUCCUGAUGGGAGCAGCACCUGCUGGGACGUCCAUGGGAAAUGUCCUGAUGGGAUCAGCCAUGGGAAAUGUCCCAACCAUGGGAAAUGUCCUGAUGGGAUCAGCCAUGGGAAAUGUCCCAACCAUGGGAAAUGUCCUGAUGGGAUCAGCCACUGCCAGGACAGCCGCAGGAAAUGUCCUGAUGGGAUCAGCCACGGGAAAUGUGUCCUGAUGGGAGCAGCACCUGCUGGGAUGUCCAUGGGAAAUGUCCUAACGGGAUCAGCCACCACAGGGACAUCCAUGAGAAAUGUCCCAUCCAUGGGAAAUGUCCCACUGGGAUCAGCCACCGCCGGGACAGUCACGGGGAAUGUCCCGAUGGGAUCUGCCAUGGGAAAUGUCCUGAUGGGAUCUGCCACCACCAGGACAGCCGCAGGAAAUGUCCUGCUGGGACCAGCCACCACGGGGACACCCAUGGGAAAUGUCCCAUCCAUGGGAAAUGUCCCUCUGGGAUCAGCCCGCUCCGGCCAUGCUCUGCUCCAGGGGGUGCCUGAGCCAAGCCCAAAAGGACCAAGCCCGAGCCAGAGCUCCCGAAAGCCAAAGAUCCCGAGCUCCUGAGCGGGGCUCCCCUCCUCUGCUCCCGCCCGUGCCCCUUCCCCAGGACACCUCCAGCUGCCUGUUCUCCAUGGCCCCAUCCCAGGAAAAGCUGGGGGCAGCUUUGGGAGGAGCCGUGGCUCCGUGUGGUGUCUGUGCAUCUGCCACCAGCUCCAGCUCCAGCUCCAGCUCCAGCUCCAGCUCCUGCUCCAGCUCCAGCUCCUGCUCCAGCUCCAGCUCCAGCUCCUGCUCCUGCUCCUGCUCCUGCUCCUGCUCCUGCUCCAGCUCCAGCUCCAGCUCCAGCUCCAGCUCCAGCUCCAGCUCCUGCUCCAGCUCCAGCUCCAGCUCCUGCUCCAGCUCCAGCUCCUGCUCCAGCUCCUGCUCCAGCUCCAGCUCCAGCUCCAGCUCCAGCUCCAGCUCCAGCUCCAGCUCCAGCUCCUGCUCCAGCUCCGCGUUGGGAAGUGCUGCAGGAACCAUCCCAUCCCUGGCCUGGUUGGACUCUGUAUCCCCGCCUUCUCCAUGGCAUUUUGGGACUUCGAGGAGUCCUCCGAUCUUUUUGGGGACUCCCCUGCUCCUUUUGGCGACAGAAAAGGGACAGACCAGGUCCUGAGCAAAGGGACAGCUCCGGGUGCUCCCGUCCCAUCCCGCAGCCGUGGGCAGGAAGGGAGGCAGGGACAUCCCGAGGUUCCUCAGGAGCAGAGUCCUUGACUCGGGGUCACCUUGUCCUCGUCCUGGGGACGGCAGGGGGCUGGGGGUCCCCCCCCUCUGCCCCGUGACCCCCAGGUGCCGGCCCCGGUGCACGCUCCGUGGUUAACGCAGACCCAAAGGCACGAAAAGGAGCCUGGAAAAUCGGGAUGAGGAGGAUGGAGGGCUCCGUGCUGCCCCACAGCCCCCUCUGCCCCGGCGGGCUUCCCCUCCUCCCUCUCCCUGCAUGAUCCCUGCAAGGCCAUUCCCUGUUUUUUGCAGGAAUCCUUUGCUCAUUCCCGGGCCAAAAAAAAAAAAAAAAAAAAAAAAGCUGAUUCCCGGGGGAAAAAAAAAAUGGUGCUCAUUCCCUGGAUAUAAGGUGCUGAUUCCCGGGACCAAAAAACGCUGAUUCCCGGGGGGGAAAAAAAAGUGCUCAUUCCCGAUAAAAAGUGCUGAAUAAUUCCCGGGAUAUAAGGUGCUCAUUCCCGAGAUAUAUGGUGCUCAUUCCUGGGAUAAAAUGUGCUCAUUCCUGAUAAAUGGUGCUGAAUAAUUCCCGGGAUAAGAGGUGCUGAUUCCCGGGAUUUAAGGUGCUGAUUCCCGGGAUUUAAGGUGCUCAUUGCCGGGGUUUAAAGUGCUCAUUCCCGGGAUUUAAAGUGCUGAUUCCCGGGAGUUAAGGUGCUGAUUAAUUCCCGGGAUUUAAGGUGCUGAUUAAUUCCCGAGAUUUAAGGUGCUGAUUCCCGGGAUUUAAAGUGCUCAUUCCCGGGGUUUAAGGUGCUGAUUCCCGGGAUUAAAAAUGCUGAUUCCCGGGAGUUAAGGUGCUGAUUCCCGGGGUUUAAGGUGCUGAUUCCUGGGAGUUAAGGUGCUGAUUAAUUCCCGGGAUUUAAGGUGCUGAUUAAUUCCCGGGAUUUAAGGUGCUGAUUCCCGGGAGUUAAGGUGCUGAUUCCCGGGAUUUAAAAUGCUGAUUCCCGGGAGUUAAGGUGCUGAUUAAUUCCCGGGAUUUAAGGUGCUGAUUAAUUCCCGAGAUUUAAGGUGCUGAUUCCCGGGAUAAGAGGUGCUCAUUCCCAAGGAACUGCCUCAUCCCGAGGCGCCCGCAGCUCCCGGGAGCUGGUUCCCGGCCAGCGUUCUGCGCUGUGCCCAUCCACCUCCCGCAUUUACGGAGAACCACCGAAGGAAUGCUCGCUCGGCGCUGUCAGGAGCGCAUUUUCCUGUCGCUUUACCCGGUGUUUUUUGGUUUUUUUGGAGAGGUGGGAAUUUCUCCCGGUUCGCUGCAGGGGUGGGGAAUGUGUGUGUUUACUGUAUCGGGGCUCCGGGCAAACUUGAAAACUCCUCGAAGCAGCUCCAGACUCUGGAUUUUACAAGAGUCCCGGAGCUUGUGACAGGAUGGGUGGCCUGAUGUUUGGGAUUUUAUUAUUUUUUUUAAUUAUUAUUUUUGGUUUGGUUGUUGUUUUUGUUUUUUUUUUUUCCCCUCAACUGGUGCUCUUUUUUUCUUUUUCUUUUUUUUUUUUUUUUUUAAAGAAAACCAAAAUCAAAAAAGUAUUAUUAAUAAUAAUAAUAAUAAAUUAGCAGAGCUGGGUUUGUGUG